AUGGACAGCAACAGUAGCAAGGGAGUAAGCACCCAUGCUUCAUGGACCUCAGCUAUAUCCUCUUUCAUGCUUUCUCACCUAGCUAAUGUUGUUGCUGGUGGCACAAGGACCUCAUCUGGCUUCAAGGCAGUCCAUCUCAACGCAUGUGCUAGGGCAAUCAAUGAAAGGUUCAAUAGUACUCUCACAGGUGAGCAAAUUAAGAACCAUUUGAAGACAUGGCAAAGAAAGUUUACGAAGAAAAAUAGGCUCAGGAAAGUGAGUUCUGCUAGUUGGGAUGAGAAAAAAUUUAUUAUUACUCUUGAUGAUGAGCACUAUAAUGGUUAUAUUGAGGUAUAUGAUCACAAGGCCGAUGCGGAUUAUUUUAACAAACCUCUUGCACACUAUGGUGAGAUGCUUACAAUAUUUGGUAGCACCAUGGCUACAGGAAUGUAUGCAAAGGACUCAAGUUCAGUCCUAGGAAUAGAGGAUGUCCAAGUUGACAAUGAUGAAGAAAAUGAUGGUCCUGCAACUACUGAUGAUCGUGCGGAGGCGUCAUCUGCAAGUAAGCCAAAAAAAUCCAAAACGCAAGAGAAUGAAGAUGACGGGCUGAUUAGUGCAUUCACUAGUGUUGGUGACAAGCUUGCCUUUGCUAUACUAAAGGUCACCGAGCCGGACAAUAAGCUUCCAGAAGGUUUAUUUGACACAUUGAAAACCCUUCCUGGUUUUGAGGAGGUCCACAGAUUAUUUUAUUAUGCUCAUUUGGUUGCCAACCAUCACAUUGCUAGAGCUUUCAAUGGACUUCCAUUUGAAAACAAGAUGCAUUGGUUUGCUAUGUUCAUUAGUGAAAAGUUCCCUGGAUCAACAUAGGUUUCUUGGAUGAGUUGGAUAGUUCUUUUGGUGUUAUGUGUUGUUGGUUGGCUUAUUUACCUAUUA